GUAGCACUAGCCACUAUGGCCAUUGGCCUCGGCUCCACUUUUGCAUCGCUUUUUACACUGCACUGGCCUGACGCGGCCGGGCAAGCACUGCUGCAGCGCACCGCGCCCAAAGUCACAGGGGCACACAGCCAACGAGAAGUCACGGGCUCUAUCGACGGCCUCAAACGAACACAGGACCAAAUAGGGCCAGAGCACGCUCUGCGUAGAGCACAGCAAACAGCAUUACCAUUGCUGGAGGCAGCGAGAGAGGCAUACGCGCAGGGUGGAGGAAUGGGAGGAGUCUCGCCGCCGGGCAACGCGCGGUGCGCGCUUCUUCUCUCGCUGGAGCUCUGCGCCCUCCUCCCGUGGCCGUCGGCCGCGUUCUUCUUCGGGUCCGUCGCUCAGUCGCGCGGCGGCGGCUACCGCGAGGAGAAGGUGCCCAUGACCGUCGUCGUCCCGGACUACUCGCCGCGCCCGGCGCCGCUCGGUCCCUCACUGGCGCCCGCGCCGGUGCCCGGCUCGGACGACGACGGCGGUAUGCCGAGGCUGCCGUCCGAGCGGUGGAGCUCGGGCGCACCGUCGUCGAGCGGUGGAGCUCGGGCGCCGGCCGGGUCGAGGAGCACCGACUUCAUCAGCAGCAGCCCCGCAGUUCCUCUCCCCGCCGGCGUAACCGACUCGGCCACCGCCCUGCCCAUGCCCACCCCCGGGCAACAACGUCAGGACGAGGUGGGGAUGGGCACCCUGCAACUUGAAGCCAGGGCGGUGCAGCUCGCCAUUCCUCUUGCCAUGAUGCUGUCUUUCUGGGCUCUGCAGUCGUAGUAGUUUUGUAAUCAGAAGUGUUUCCUCUCUGUAGCAUGUUCUAAUAUUCCCAGACUCCCAUCUGUAAACAAGGUCACCAUGCUUGCUUUCUGAGUUCUGACUUCUGAGUUCAUCU